AUGGAAAAAAAAGUCGUUUGCCCCCUUGUUUUCAGUAACUCUUUUGAGAGGAAGUAUGGAGAAAACUUUCCACACGCACAGUGGAUCACCGAGGCCGGUGGAUUUUUACCCUACUCGUCUCCUACUUUUUUCAGCAGCCAGAUCAGUCUGUUAUCGUGGAACUGGUCAUCGAGUGAGGAAUAUACGCCCGCUGACAAGGUUGCGGAAUUGAGAUGCAGCGCUACCAAUCAUUUCAACGACAUGACUCUUUUAUUCUCAUGUUAUGUUUAA